AUGCUGCCGUCUAUCAUUUAUUUCCUUAUACCCGCCACUAUUGCGUUGCAUCUGCCCCCAGGCUACCACGCUGGCCUCCUCCAGCGUGCAGAGGAGAAAGCUCCAGUUCCGAGUGAUACUAUCACAUCGUGCACCUUCCGCUACACCACUGAGUCCUCAGAGGGUUGUGACUAUGUGGAAGAAUAUUGGGGUGUUAGUCACAAGGAUUUUGUGGCUUGGAACCCCAGGACCUUCCCCAACGCUCAAUGGCACGGUUGCGGGUUGCAACAGGUGGCAUCAUGUCAAAAAGGUGACACUUGCGAUACCAUCACCAAAGAGUACGGCCUCACAACCAAGGAGUUUGUGAAAUGGAAUCCGGCUUUGAAAGAUGACUGCAGUGGUCUUUGGGCCAAGUACUACUUUUGCGUGUCGAUUCCAGAACACAAAACUGCCACAACUUCGGCCUCUACAGCGUCUUUAGCUCGCCCAACUAGCACUUCCCCUUCCGCUGCGACGCAGGAGGGCAUCACCAAGGACUGUACCACGUGGCACAUUGCCAAGAAGGGGCAGUUAUGUGAUAAGGUCAUAGCGCAAUACGGGAACUUGGAUAUUGCUACUUUUGUGGAAUGGAACCCUGCAGUUGAGGAUGACUGCUCGGGGCUUUGGUCGGGAUAUGCUUACUGUGUUGUCAACCAUCUUGCUAACAUCAGAACUGAAGGCACCAAGACCAACCCGACGAAACGUCCCGUUCCUGCAUCUACCAAAGAAAAACCCGUCGCCACUGAGAAUCCAACUCCAACUGAUUGCGAAACGACUCACCCGAGCCCAACUCAGCCAGGAACUAUCUGCAACUGCACGAAAUGGCACAAAGUUACUGGCACGGACGGCUGUUGGAAUCUCAUCAAGAGGUAUAAGAUCACUGAAAAGCAGUUUGAUGCUUGGAACCAGAAGGCGGAUUUCACUCGUGUGACCUUCCAAUUUGCGGAUACUGGCAUCUAUAGCUCCAGAGUUGAGGGAGUCAUGACACAGCAUUCAAGUUACAAUCCCGGAGAAUGGCCCAAGCCAACUACUGAGAUCAUGAAAGCCCACAAAAUACUGUAUUCGGUAGAAAACCUAUCAAUUAGUUGUCAGAGAUGUCACGGUGUAGAAAAUGGCUGA